UCCACUUCACAAACGUGACAUAUCGAAGCCCAAACUCAAAGUAACGAACAACGAACGAACGAACGAAAGAAAGAAGGCGACAGUGCAUGUAGUCGUUGGCCACCUCCCUGAAAUUUGGUUCUCUCGCUCUCUCUCUCUCUCUCUCUCUCUCUGACGUUACGUAGAAAAGUAGUUCCAUUGAUGUCGGAGAGGACGUUUGCGUCUUGAUCAUCCGAGAAUAAGAUCGGAACGGAAUAGGAAUAGAGAAGUAAUGGCGGCGUACAGAGCGGAGGACGACUACGACUACCUGUUCAAGGUGGUAUUGAUAGGGGACUCUGGCGUGGGAAAAUCCAACCUCUUGUCUCGUUUCACCCGCAACGAGUUCAACCUCGAUUCCAAGUCCACUAUCGGCGUCGAAUUCGCCACCCGCAGCGUCCGUGUAGACGACAAGAUCGUUAAGGCCCAGAUUUGGGACACCGCUGGCCAAGAAAGGUACCGUGCAAUUACUAGUGCUUACUACCGAGGAGCUGUGGGUGCAUUGCUUGUCUAUGAUGUCACCCGCCAUUUGACAUUUGAGAAUGUUGAGAGAUGGUUGAAGGAGUUACGGGAUCACACAGACUCCAAUAUCGUGAUAAUGCUUGUGGGUAACAAGGCAGAUCUGCGCCACUUACGUGCUGUAUCCGCAGAGGAUGCUACAGCUUUUGCCGAGAGAGAGCGCACCUUCUUUAUGGAGACAUCUGCCCUGGAGUCUUUGAAUGUGGAGAAUGCAUUCACCCAAGUUCUAACCCAAACAUAUCGAGUAGUGAGCCGGAAAGCACUUGAUAUUGGAGAUGAUCCUACAGCCUUGCCUAAAGGACAAACCAUAAAUGUUGGAACCAAGGAUGAUGUUUCUGCUGUUAAGAAAGUUAGUUGCUGUUCUGCCUAAUUAUAGAUGGUGAUAGAUCAAGGAGUCUAAACCUAUCUUGCUGCGCUUGAAAUCUGAGGUUUCCACCCACAACUCAGGGAUCUUCCCACCAAAAUUUUCACUUUUCCGAUAGUGCUUGAGCAUGUCUGAGGUCAGUUUUAACGUUUUACAUCCAUAGAAAUGUUGACUGUCUUUUCCACUGGUAUAUUGUUUAAAUUCUCAACUUUUGUGAAGUUUUUCUUGUACUUGGUUGUUUUAGAAUUGAAAGACAUCAGAGGCAAAUUCAAUUUUGCAUCUGAUAAAUGAUUUAGUUGUUUUUAUUGCUGGAUGACAAUGAAGAUGACGGGCUGGUUUCGUCUUUUUAUGUGUAAUGGUGUAGUCAGUUUUUUAUAAGAGGAAAAGAGGAGGAUAUAUUUGAUUUUUUGGCAA